AUGUCAAAGUACACUGCCGCCCAUCAAAACCCCAAAGGUGCAGGUGAUGCAAGACCCACAGCCAUCAAAAUCGUCGAAGACGAAGGCCUCGUCGGCAAACUCACAGACAAAAUCAUCUUGGUCACCGGUGCUAGCCAGGGAAUCGGUAUUGAGACAGCCCGCGCUCUUCAUGCAACCGGCGCCACAGUUUACCUAGGGGUCAGAGAUCUCACCCGUGGCCAACAGGCCAUCGAUGACAUCAGAUCAUCCAACCCAACCAGCAAGGGUGGCCUACAUCUACUCGAGGUAUCUCUAGACUCGCUUGCCUCAGUACGCAAAGCGGCGAAGGAAUUCUUUACUCAGAGCACCAAACUCAACAUCCUCGUUCUCAACGCAGGCGCAAUGUGCCAUGUCAAAUCCAAGACCGUCGAUGGCUUCGAAACGACUUUCGGGACAAACCACCUGGGCCACUUUCUCCUGUUUCAGCUUCUUAAACCCGCCCUUCUCGCAUCUUCUACUCCGGAGUUCCACUCCCGUGUUGUAUGUGUCUCCUCACUGGCUCACCGCGCCAGUGAGAUCCGCUUCGACGACUACAACUUCGACAGCGGAGACUACAACGAGGUUACCGCAUACGGCCAGUCAAAGACUGCAAAUAUCUACCUUGCCAAUGAAAUUGAAAGACGUUACGGGAGCAAUGGCCUUCAUGCGUUGUCGCUGCACCCGGGUAGCAUCGUCACAAAUAUAAAUCGCCACCGUCUCGAGGACCGUGAUGAGACUCUCAAGGCUAUGCUGAGGGAUCGAUAUGACGAGCUCGUGCGUACAAUGAAGAGCAAGCCUCAGGGGGCAGCAACGACGGUGUAUGCGGCGCUGAGCAAAGACUGGGAAGGAAAAGGGGGGAAGUAUCUGAACGACUGCGUAGAGGCCGGGCCGGCUGAUCCGAAUAGUGCACCGUUGUCGCCAGACACGGGAUAUGCUUCAUGGGCUUAUGAUGAAAAGAAAGCUGAGAGACUGUGGGCCGAGUCGAACAAGAUGGUUGGCCUUGAUGAUGAUGAGUAG